GGUCAGAUGAUUAAGUAAUGAGAAUUAAAGCAAGUAUCCAAAAACUUUCAACGUUUUGACGAAUAUAUAUUUAAUUUAUUUUAAGUAAAUUUAAACUUGAAAAUUAAUGGCACUUCAAUCGUGACUCCUGUAAUACUUUAGGAUUAAAUCAAGGUAUUACUUUUUUAAAAACAUAGCCAACAAAAUGAGUAUUUUACGAAACGUUUUCCGAACAAUCUCCACCAUCAACAAGACUUCAAUGGUUAUUAAUUACUCUAAUUCACUAAUUCAUCGAGGAUAUUCAGUGCUGACAUGCUUAACAAUUCAAUCAAAGCGUCAGAAUGUUUUUAUACAAUUAGGUGUAGCUGUAAAAAAAAAUUUCUCAAGUGAAAGGAAAGCAGAAGACCUGAUGUGUAACAUAGGCACUAUCGGCCAUGUAGAUCAUGGGAAAACAACACUUACAUCAGCUAUCACUAAAGUUCUUUCAGAAGAAAUGAAAAGCUGUCAAUAUGUUUCCUUUGAUGAAAUUGAUAAAGCACCACAAGAAAAAUCAAGAGGAAUUACUAUUAAUAUUGCUCAUGUAGGAUACGCUACAAAAUUACGACGAUACGCUCACACCGACUGCCCUGGACACGCUGAUUUCAUUAAGAAUAUGAUUAGUGGAGCAUCACAAAUGGAUGGAGCUAUUCUUUUGGUAGCUGCUGAUGACGGAACCAUGCCACAAACUAGAGAACAUCUUUUCUUGGCUAAACAACUUGGUAUUAACCACAUCGUUGUCUUUCUAAACAAAGCUGACUUAGUGGAUGAUGAACUGUUGGAUCUUGUGGAAAUUGAAGUAAGAGAACUAUUGUGUCAUUUUGGAUUUGAUGGAUAUGAAAGUCCUGUUAUACGAGGUUCUGCCCUCUUAGCUCUAAAAGGUGACAAAUCAAAAUAUGGAGUUCCAUCUAUUCUUAAAUUAAUGGAUGCUGUGGAUGCAUAUAUACCUACUCCAAAACGAGAUUAUGAAUCACCAUUUAUUUUACCAAUUGACAAUGUUCUCAAUGUACCAGGUCGAGGAUCAGUAGUAAUUGGUACUCUUCAGCGAGGAGUUAUGAAGAAGAAUAAACCUGCUGAUUUGUUAGGUUUUGAUGUUGAAAGUAAAACAAUGAUAUCAGAUAUUCAGAUCUUUCAAAAAAGUGUUCCUGAGGCUGUAGCUGGAGAAAAUGUUGGUGUUUUAAUUAAGAAUAUUAAAUCAGCGUCUGUUUCCAAAGGUAUGAUGCUUGUUGAAAGGAAUAGUGUUGUCUCAAGUAAUCAUUUUGAAGCGCAACUUUAUUUGGUUGAAACAGCAGAAGGAGGCAGACGUAAACCUUUACCGGUAUAUGGUUAUUGCUCUCCAAUUUUUAGUAUCACAUGGUCUGUAUCAUGUCGUUUUGAUUUGAUGCUGGAAGAUGAAAGUAAUAUGUUGAUGCCUGGAGAGCAAUGUACUACUAAACUAACAUUAGUCAGAAAAAUGCCAAUGAUUAUAGGACAAACAUUUACAGUUAGAGAGGGAAGAAGUACUAUAGCUACUGGUAAAAUAACCAAAAUAUUAAAACCCUUGGUUGUAAAUAAGAAGAAAAUAAAUGAAACAAUAGUGCCUGGUGUGAAAAAUCAAGCAAAGAAUCGAAAUAAAUAAAUAAUUAAAUAUAAA